AUGUCUGUGCACAAGUGUUGUGUACCGAAUUGUGGAACUACUCGCACAACCAAUAUAACACUCCACCUGUUCCCCAAUCCCGAUAAGGAUAUAGACAGGGUUUGUCAUGCACAAUUUGAACGAAGAUACUACACAAUAAGUAAUCGACUUGUUAAAAAUGCAAAUGCAGUCUCAACAAUUAAUUUGUCAGGAUAUUCAGUAAGAAAUACACCUUUACAAGAUAUUACAAAUACUAGUAUACACCGAGUUGAUGAUAUUGAACAAGGAGUUGCAUCUACAUCUACUUUUGAUGCCAAUCUUCAAAAUGUGACUGGUAGAACAUUUCAUUCAUCUACAAGUCUGCCUAUGUUCAAAGGUAAGUAA